CCCAUUUCCGUGGUAUUCGGAAUCUGCCUACGAAAGUAGUCUCAGUAAGAAUUAGACCCCCGAAAAGGAGCAGUGCUGGCAGCUUGUGGAUUUAGGGAGCGAAGUGUUACUGUUAUUGGGAGUGUUUAUACACACGAGGGUUUACAGACAGCAGGGCGGCAUUAAGGAGAUACGAGCAGUACCGGCCCCUACUGAAGAUGGCUGGUGCCACAGGGACACCAGGACAGUGAUUAUCGUUCGGUGGUGGCAUUUCGUCGAGUGGACAUAGCCGGGGAUUAUGGAUAACAGCGAGGAGAGGAACCGGGAUGCGGUGGAACAGACGAGCUUGUACAGUGGCGCCAUGGAGAGUCUGGCUGGCAGCAGGGAACUCAGCUCGCUUGGUUCAGAUUCUGAGCUCAACGGAUACGCUGGCGAUCUGAAAACCAACCGUUACGGCUUCGUUGGCGGCGCUCAGCAGGCGGAUGACUGUCCGGAUGAAGUGCCAGUGGAUGUUUUACGACAAAGGGAAUUAAAAUGGCUUGAAAUGUUUAGCAACUGGGACAAGUGGAUGGCAAAGAGACACAAAAAGGCAGAAGGAUUUGUUUCGAGUGUUGAAGGCUUAUACUUUACAUCGGCCAGAGGAGGGCUACUGCCAAGCCCAGGCCCCUAUUGCAGCUGUCUUACUGAUGCAUAUGCCUGCAGAGGAUGCAUUUUGGUGUCUGGUACAAAUCUGUGAAAAGUAUUUACCUGGAUAUUACAGCACUGGCUUGGAGGCUAUCCAGCUUGAUGGGGAGAUUCUCUUUUCGCUCCUGCGCAAAGUUUCACCUGUGGCCCAUAGACAUCUAAGCAAGUACAAAAUUGACCCCAUCCUUUACAUGACUGAAUGGUUUAUGUGUGCCUUUUCAAGAACUCUACCGUGGUCAUCAGUGCUCCGUGUUUGGGACAUUUUCUUUUGUGAAGGUGUGAAGACCAUAUUUCGAGUGGCUCUUGUGCUGCUAAAGCACAUGCUGGGCAGUGCUGAAAAACUGAAGACAUGCCAGGGGGAAUAUGAGACCAUUGACAAGCUAAAAACUAUUGACCCAAAGUAUAUGCAAGAAGGCUUCCUAAUACAGGAGAUAAUAGAGUUGCCCAUUGCAGAGAGAGAGAUUGAAAAGGAGCAUUUGAUUCAGUUGAAGAAAUGGAGGGAGACUCAUGGAGAGCUACUGUGUAGGCCUGCACCCAGAAUGCAUGGUGCAAAACCCAUCAGUGAUUCAGAGCCUCACAAAAAAAUUCAGAUUUCUCCCUCUAUAAUCUUGCCAAAAGUGGACAAUAUUGAAAAAAAAAAGCAAAACAAAGAAAGUAAACCGUUCCAGAAAGAAAUGGAGAAACAAAGACUCAAGGAGCAGAAGGAAAAGAGUAAAAAGAAAAAACAGAGUGCAGGGAAAAGUGACACAACAGCUAAUGGUGUUGUGAAAACAGAAACUGGAUCACAAUACCCUGUCAUCAGCAGUGGCGCUUCAGAAGCACCCCUUCUGCAAAAUGAACAGAUCUGGCAAUCCACUGAGAGCCUGAGUUCAGAACCAAGUGAACAAGACACUUAUUUGUAAUGCUUAAUGCGUGUUGUGGUAUGGGUAAUUACGAAAAAGGCUCUAGCAGUUCUGUUUUGCUAAACUGUUGCCAUUACACUGUUAAAGUAGGCACACUUAGGCGGUGACUGGCUGUGCCAGUGUCUAAAAUAUUUGAUUCCGAAGCUUUCUACAUGUGAAAACAUUCCUUUCAGUAUACAGUAAGUGCCAAUUUGAUUUCUAUGAAAAGCACCAGUCCAGUUUAAACCGUUUAUUAAAACAUGGUGCUUGUAACGAAUAUUUAGCAUCAGACCAAGAGCUGCAAACAGCGCUGUAACUUGGAGAGCUUUGACCAGUAGUACUGGCAUGCAUUCAGUUGCUUUGAUGUCGAGGAAGGGUAAACUGUCACAACACAUACACAGUCUGAGUCAUUUGCCAAGUCAUAUUAGCACUUAUGUGGCACAGCAAGUGCAAGUAGACCAGUUAUUUAUAGAAUUUCUUAAACACUGCUGAAGAUGUUAGUAUUUGGAAAUUCCUACUCCUUUCCAUGUCUUGCUUUUUCUUUGUCUUCCAGAACACUAAAGACCUGUUAUUUAGGAGAUUUUUUAAUGCAUUGCGUAAGGUAGCGUUCAUACCAAACAAGUCAGUAAAAUGUAUCUUUUUUUGAGGCAUUCCAGAUUGUGGGGUAUUGUUCCAUCAGUCUGUCAUACAGUUCUGUGCAUAUAUACACACAUUCAGUUCAGGUUUUGUGCCAUUUGGCAUUCUUUUGGGUGACUAAGAGAAACACCCUUUCCAUUUAUGUGGUUUGAACACCACUGCAAUGGAACUGGGUAAUUUUGGUUUUGGCCCUUUGCAGAAAGCUUCCUGGAAAUAUAUGUUGUGCAGUGUUUUCAUAUAUUUUUCAGAGAUAGUUACAGGGCUGAGCUGCAUAGCUUGUUCCUUAUACACUACAAAUUGCUUUGAAAAGUUUAGCAUUAGCUGUGCUUCCUCUUGAUUUUAUGGCGUUUGAUGGUUUUGUGGUUGAAGAACAUCACACCAUGAUUGCUGUUGACAUUUGACACUAAUUUCAUGCAGAACAAACUACAUCACAAAUCAAUGGUCAUUUUAUAUUUAACAAUCCCUUCCUUGCUGCAUAUUAAUUGUGUACUAAAUAGCUUUUACAGUAAAACCAUUUACUCCCGCAGCAUAAAUACUGUACUGGGCUUAGUACACUGUGCAUGUGUCUGUGGCAUACAGAGGCUGGUAAUAGCAGUGUUUUCUGUUUCUACCUACUGAAAUGUUUUUUUUUUU